AUGGGUCAUCGUAGUAAGCGCAGGAAGUUUAAGUUUCCCCGUGAUGCGAGUCUCUAUGGAUUUGGUUAUGAUGCUUCACGGGAAGAUUACUUAGUUGUUGUAGUUUGGAAGGAUAGGAACUGCCAACUCUUAAAAUGCUUUUCCUUGAGAACCAAUUCAUGGAUUAAUCUUGAUGCUGCACUUCCCAACCCAUUGGGUCUUAUAGAGUGGCGGCGAGCACGUGGGUUGUUCUUGAAUGGCUCUAUUCAUUGGUUGUUGUCCUCAAUCCUUGUAUUUGAUUUGAAGAAAAGAAGUUUCUCAAAGAUAUCUUUGCCUGAGCAACUCAUAAUGCAUGAUCCUGCCACAAUUGUCACACUAGAAGGGUGCCUAGCCUUGUAUUCUCGGGACUAUGUUAAAGGUAAAACACACAUAUGGGUAAUGAAAGAAUACAAAGUGAACUCAUCUUGGACUUUGUAUGUCAUUCCUUGUUUACAGUUUGAACCUCUAUGCUUAUCCAAUGGUAGUGACAUUAUCGUACUAGAUCCUAUUUCGGUAUCUAGAUCAUUCAAGUUUGCCAAAUAUAAUGUUUGA